UACCGGAAGUAGCAAUGUAGCCUAAAUGGCUAAAGUAGGAGACGGAUAGCCUGUAAAGGUUGUGUAAAACCACUGUAAUUCAUGCAUCUGAUUCAGUAUUCACCAGUCGUCGUGAGGACAUCACUCCCACAUAUUUGUUUUGGAGCGUCUUCCUAUUUAAAGUCUAAUUUAUGUACAGAAUAUAUUUAGCCUUCAUUAGCAAAGUGAAUGGGCUGUUAGCCACCAUGGAGCGAAAGCAGCUAACAGCAGAGACUUAGCUUUUAAAAGUUCGUUGUUUAGUGCUAUAAGACGACUCAACAAUCAGGGGAAGACCACGUCUUCUGUGGACACCUCCCAGACCGAGGGAUUAAGGACAGUUAAGGAAACUUGACCAAGUUUCAGGCAGCAGAAAACCAGAAGAUACAUGUUAUAUGGCUGAAACCCCGACCUAUUAGAUCAAGUGAAGGUUGCAAACAAGGAUUGUGAAAAGGAGAAUCUCAAGUUGAUCGAGGAUGUCUGAGAUGAUGAAGGUUGAAGCAGAAGUCCCCGGAGGGAUCAGUUUGGAGCCCCCCAUACCUGCACCAUCAACAUCAGAACUGGAGCAAAAACAAGACAGCAAAGAUCUCAUCCAUCAGAUGUUGGUGAUUAAAGUAGUUCCCAAUGACUGGAGCCCCGGUUUGGACCAGGAGGACUCAAAGCCCCCCCACAUAAAAGAGGAAGAGGAGGAGCUGUGUAUCAGUCCAUGGGAAGAGCAGCUUACUGUGAAGAUUGAAGAUGACGAGAAACAAGAGUUAUCAAAGCUUCAGCAAAUCAAAACUGAAGACAACAGAGAGACAGAUGCUACAGUCACCAGCUCAGCUGAAGAGCUAAAAGCAGAAUAUGACAGAGAUGACUGUGAAGAACCAGAAAGGGACACCAACACAGAUCCAGUAUGUUCUUACCAACAUAAGAUGACUGUUUACAGAAGAGGUAAAACACCUAAACUGUGUUCCAAACUCAUGGCUCAGAUGGGAUUACACACCGGAGAGAAGCCAUUUGGUUGCAAUGUUUGUGGCAAAAGAUUCAAACAUAAGAAUAAUGUUAAACUCCACAUGAAUAUUCAUGUUGAAAAUAAAGAACAUAACUGUGAACUUUGUGGUAAAGGAUUUAAAGCAAAGCAUUUUCUUGAGACACAUAUGAGACUCCACACUGGAGAGAGACCGUUUUCCUGCGAUGAUUGUGGUAGAAGGUUCCAUGCGAAGACAAUUCUUAAAAGUCACAUGGAGGUUCACUCAGGAGAAAAGACUUUUUCCUGUGAUGUUUGUGGUUCAAGAUUUAAGAGGAAAGAAACUCUUAAGACACACAUGUGGAUCCACACCACAGAGAGGCCUUUUGUUUGUAGUAUUUGUGGUAAAGGGUUUUCUCAACAAAACAGCCUGAGGAUUCACAUGUGUGUUCACACAGGACAGAAACUGUUCAUUUGCAGUGUUUGUAGUAAAGGAUUUUCAGAGCAAGAGACUCUGAAGAGACACAUGCGUGUUCACACAGGAGAGAAACCAUUUAUCUGUAGUUUCUGCUGUAAAGGAUUUUCACAACAAAUUCAUCUAAAGAGACACAUGCAUGUUCACACAGGAGAGAAGCAGUUUAUUUGUGGUGUUUGUAGUAAGGAGUUUUCACAACAGCAUCAUCUGAAAAACCACAUGGAGGUUCACUCAGCAUCAUUUAGCUGCAAUAAUUGUAGUAAACGUUUUGUUAAAGAAAUCCAACUACAGCGACAUGUUAGAGUCCACACAGAGGAGAGACCGUUUGGUUGUGAUGUCUGUAAAAGCAGAUUUAAUCAAAAGUGUCAACUUCAAAACCACAUGAGAGUCCAUUCAGGGGAGAAACCGUUUCUUUGUGAUGUUUGUAGCAGAGCAUUUUCACAACAAGGGAAUCUGAAGAGACAUAUGGUUGUUCAUAAGGGCUGCAAGCAAUGAUUAUUUUGAUAGUUGAAUAAUAUGCCAACAGUUUUCAUGUUUUCUGUCAUUGGUCGGCAAACUUGUGAAUACCCUGAUGUCUCUACAUUUAUAUAAAUGUUCAUAUUCAAUUAAGAUCAACUGUUGGAAGAGAAUUUAAAAAUAAUUUGUCUUCUGCUUUGAUCUGCUUUAGCACAAAAUCUUAAACACUAAAAACAAGUCUGAAUUUGUUUUUUAACUUAUUACAACAAACAAGAAAAAUGUAAAUGGAUUAUUUACGACUCAACACUUUAUCUUUUUACUUGGGCUGCCAAUAACAAUCUUAUUCCUUCCAAUAGGCACCGACAAAUUUUCAAUAUUGACACAUUUUCCUUCAAUAAAAAUUGUACAUUAGUUUAAUUCAUUAGAUUAUGUCAUACCUCAAAUAAAAAUGUAAACAAUUUUCCAUCUUAAAGUACAGAUUGUAUGCAUGAAGUCUUUCCUCUGGCAUUACAAAACAAAUGUUGUUUAUGUAUUUCAAAAUAAAAAGCCAGAGUAUUCAGAAUAUCAAAUAAUAAAAGACUGAACUAGAAAACAA